ACGGUUUAAUGAUGGCAAUUAAAAUGACAAAUAAUAACCAAGUGACAAGCAAGUGACAUCUUUGCGUUUGGUUUUGUUGGUUUGUUUUGAAAUCACACUGGGAAUGGAAACAUAAAUAUUAGCAAAGUUUUGCUCUAAAAUAAUAUUAUUUAGACAAAACAAAGUUUACCAAUUAGAAACUAUUAGGGAAAUGAUGGUUACGUGUCGGGCAUGUCUUGAAACUAAUAAAGAAAUGAGAACUUUAGAUGAGCCAUUUGCUGUACAGUAUAAUUUACUAACCGAACUUAAGAUAUGUGUCGGUGAUAAAAUGUCGCAGCUAAUCUGCUGCAAUUGUUGGGAAACGGUGAAUUAUUUUAUCGAUUUUAGGAAUAGGUGUAUUACCUCAGAAUCUGUUAUGAGAAAUGCAAUAUUGAAUAUUGUGAAAGAUGAUCCUGAUAGUACAAUAAAUGAAAACUGUUUAAAUAGUGAAGUAAAAUCUGAACCUAAGGAAGAAUCAAUGGAUUCUAGUGCUUUCAACAAUAUUUAUGACAGUAAUAAUUUUGAGAGUAGUAAAACAUUUGAAAUACCAUUGUUUGCUAUAUCAAAUGUUACAUCACAAGAUGUUGCAAAUGAUUCAAAGACAGUGUUAAUGCGAAAAAUAAAACAACCUUUUAAUAUUGAAAAUGGAGUGAAAAUAAAGCGACUUUCUAAAAAGAAAAACAAAGUGAAAAUACCUUUGGAAAAUGAAGAAGAAAUAAAACAGGUCUUUGUAAAGCAUCAUUUGAAGACAAUAAAGAAUUAUUUGAUCACUUAG